AUGAGCUCUGGAGAUGAGGAAGUACUCUAUGAAAAUGGAGAUAUUGAUAUAGAACUGAAUGACCUUUCAAGGGAAGGAGAGAGUGGAGAAGGAAGUGAGAGUGAUAGGAGAAGAAAAGAGCAAUGGUUGAUGCUACAGAAUUCCAACCCAGUUUCUCGGGUGUUCAAGAAGAUAUGGUUUGGUCCAGAAGAACCUCGCGAUGACCCACCAAGUUUCCCUAGGAAAUGGAAAGUUUUACAAAUUUUGGACGACUUCCCAGAAUUGUAUAAAGUUUACUUCAGCAAUGUCUAUUUAAGGAUGUUUAUCCUAGGUUUCUACUGUUUAAUCUGGUUUACAAUACUGCAUCAGUUGCUGUACCCAUACUUGAUUAAACCUCCAUAUUAUUAUACCAACGAUGGUCAGCAUAAGAUACCGAUAAUUUCUUUAAGUUGUAACUCAUACCUCAAUUGGGAAGGAACCAAUAAUGCAUGUGGACUGAAUGCCAAGGAUUGUGGACCAUUUGAAAAUAAGGAGUACAUUAUUAGAUGUCCAGCUCUAUGUGACAGAGGUGGCUGGACCUAUAGUGCAAUUGCCGUUGGGGACAAGAGAGUCAAAUAUACAGGCUAUGAAAUUGGAGGUGGCAGAAGAGAAGACAAAGGAAACAAAGAUGAUAUCUCGUAUCCUUACAGAAGUGAUUCCUUCCCAUGUGGAUCUGCUGUGCAUGCAGGUAUAGUAUCUCCAUUUCACGGUGGCUGUGCAAGACUCUCGAUGACAGGACCUCAAACUUCCUUCCCAUCAAGAAAGGGUGCCUAUAGAACCGGAUUUUCUAUAGCUAUGAAUUCUUUCUUUCCUGGAUCAUAUACUUUCAAGGAUAUUAAAGAUGGUAUUACCUCAGGCUGCUAUGAUCCUCGGACUGCAGUUGUGGUGGUAAACAUUAUAAUGGGAUACCCAGUUUGGUACAUGUAUGAUAGUAUUAUUGGUUACUGGAUAAUCAAUAUGAUCGGUUUUUGGACUCUAACACUAGCUCUGGAUCCUCCUUUACUUACUGAUCCGCAUGACCCAGCGUCUGUAUAUGAAUUGUUCAGCGUUGGAUUUCAAAGAUUGCUACCUCUAUCCUUUAUACUAUAUGUUUUGUGGAAGGCUGCCGUAAAGCGAACUUUAGAAUUUGGGUCUCCUCUUGCUAAGGUUCUUCUGUGGUAUCCAACAUUCUGGUUGGGGGUUAUGAAUAAUGUCACCUUUGACAGAUUGCCUGUCGACAGGUUAACUGCGAAGGACCUUAAGGAGCAGGCAGGCGCAAUGACUGCGGUGGGCUCCAUCGCUGCCACUAUCCUCACAUGUGCCAUAAUCCAAGCAUAUUCACUUUGGAAAUCCGGAAGGUUCCAAAAAUACUUUAAGAUCUAUAUCAGUUUUAUUGGUGGUUUGGUUUUUCUAGGAUCGCUCACUGGUCUAAACCUGCGCAUUCACCAUUACAUAUUAGGCAUGAUCCUAGUGCCUGGAUGCGCCACUCGUGGUAGUUCUGCCUACUUAUUCCAAGGUAUAUUAAUUGGACUAGUUCUAUCAGGUGUAGCCCGUUGGGAUUUCGCCAGUAUAGUGGAGACAAACGUCGCACUCCUGAGGGGUGAAGCCGGAGGACGUCUCUCACCUCCUAUGUUUGAGUACAAUGCGGACACACCACACAUAGUGAGAUGGAAUAUGCCAUUAAACAACACGGAGGUUGAUAUCACUGGCAAGAUCGAUGGCUACUCGUUGCUGCUGAACGACAUAGAAGUAUACGUUGGUAAACACAAGACCGUUGACCUUGACAUACUGAUACACAAGAACGAUAUGUUGAAGAAACUGGUGAGUAUGUCGCUGAAGGAAAGGGACCCAAUACCGCUUUACCUCCGCGUGGCUAGAGUCUCCACUCAGGAUACAAAGAACAGAGGCGACUACACGAACGCAGCACUGCUAGAGUGGCCUUCGGGCCUGUGGAAAGACCCACUCCCAGGUAUAACAUAG